AUGGAUACGAAAACUCCAAUGAAAACCAAAUUUUUUGAUUCUUCUUCGAUCUCCAUGGUCAGGGUCGUCCUUAGGGUUCGUCCGUUUCUUCUUCGAGAGAAUCUCGACGCCCGAUCGUGUGUUUCCCUAAACGGCGACGCCGGCGAUGACGGAGUCGCAGUUUACCUCAAAGAUCCAGAUAGCUGUCGAAACGAAUGCUAUCAGCUGGAUGCGUUUUACGGGAGAGAUGAUGAUAAUGUGAAGCAGAUAUUUGAUAGGGAAGUAAAUCCUUUGAUUCCUGGAAUCUUUCAGGGAUUCAAUGCUACUGUGCUUGCGUAUGGAGCCACCGGAAGCGGAAAGACGUUUACGAUGCAGGGAACCGAUGAUCUGCCCGGUCUGAUGCCAUUGACCAUGUCCACCAUUCUGUCUAUUUGCGAGAAGAGCGGGACUAAAGCAGAGAUUUCGUAUUAUGAAGUUUACAUGGACAGAUGUUGGGAUCUCCUAGAAGUGAAAGCCAAUGAGAUUGCUGUUUGGGACGAUAAGUAUGGACAAGUUCAUCUUAAGGGACUGUCUAGUAUCCCAGUUAACUCCAUGUCCGAGUUCAGAGAGGCGUACUCGUGUGGCGUUCAACGGAGGAAAGUUGCACACACAGGUUUAAAUGGUGUCUCUAGUAGAAGCCAUGGAGUGCUUGUGAUCUCAGUAAUCUCAGAAGGGGUUGUCACUGGAAAAAUCAACUUGAUUGAUCUGGCAGGUAACGAAGACAAUAGAAGGACAUGCAAUGAAGGAAUUCGUCUUCAAGAGAGUGCCAAGAUUAAUCAGUCAUUAUUUGCACUGUCCAAUGUGGUUUAUGCGCUGAAUAAUAACCUGCCCAGAGUGCCUUACCGGGAAAGCAAAUUGACCAGAAUAUUGCAGGAUUCACUUGGAGGAACAAGUAGGGCGCUCAUGGUUGCAUGUCUGAAUCCUGGAGAAUACCAUGAGUCGCUUCACACUGUUAGCUUGGCUGCAAGGUCAAGGCACAUCUCAAACAAAGUUUCUUCGAAUCCUAAGGUAGAAGACACCCCCAAGGUUAAAAUCGAUAUGGAAGCUAAACUUCAAGCUUGGCUUGAAUCAAAAGGCAAGACGAAAAGCGUGCAUAGAAUGAUGGCAAUACGUUCUCCUCUGAUGGUUACAAACCAAACCUCAAUUUCACAAACCUCAGUCAAGAAACUCGGAUGUCAUAGAUCAGCCAAUGCUAAACUUGCUGGCAAAGGACAGAGGGACGCAUUUGUGGCCGCAAGAAACUUAUUUGGUGGGGAACCUCCUGCUGCUUCACAUUUAUGGGAACCAAUACAGAAUCUGCACUUAGCUUCACCAACCAAAGAAAAUGAGAGAGACACAUCUGCCGAAGAGAAUGUGUUGGUAUCAGACUCAGAUAACCCAUUGGAGCCCGAGAAGAAAUACACAGAACUGAGUCCUCUUCGAGAAGCUCUAUCUCCAAUAGACUCAAAUGCAAAACAAAACUCAGUAGAUGGAUGCUCUCCUAUUCUCAAGCCAAUGACUCCAAAAACACCUUUACUUUCUGCAAACACUGAGAAUAUGCAUAUGGAAGGCACUUGCCAGAAGUUCAAUGCUUGGAGCACUAAUUUAAAGACCUCUCUCAUAAAAGAAUACAUUCACUUCUUGAACACAGCCAACAGAGAAGAGCUAAUGGAGUUAAAGGGAAUUGGAGAGAAGAUGGCUGAAUACAUUAUUGAACUCAGAGAAACAAGCCCUUUAAAAUCGCUUAGUGACUUGGAGAAGAUCGGAUUCACCUCAAGACAGGUACAUAACUUGUUCAAAAGAGCCACUGAAGGGAUUCUCGAGAGGCCAGAUUCUACUUCAGCAACAGCAAUUUAGUUGUUGUCACUAGCAAACAACAACACUUUCGUUUAGCUUGUGUAUUAUAUGUAUCAAGUAGUUUAAUUAUUUGUCUGUUCUUGUAUCUCUAAGCUGGCUUCAAGUUUGAUUGUGUACUGAACAAGAAAGGAGCAAACUUUAAAGUUUUCAUUGAAACUUCAAGCAGAGACUCAAAUACAAACCCCAUAAUACUUUUGGAUUAUAUAGUCACAUAGACAAAACUUAAA